CAGCAGCAGCAGCAGCAGCCUCUCUUACUCUUCGAUUCCCUCGACACAAUUACUUCACUUCACGGACAAAUAGCCCAACCCACUUCAAUGCCGGACCGACCUCUCCCUCCCUCCCCUGCCAAUAAAUAGCAGCAGCAGAGUCUUCUCCCAUCUCCAAAGGAUUCGCGGUGCUCAUGUUUGAUGCUACACCACAAGGUCUGUUCCUGAACUCGUCGGCAAAUGGCUGACAAGGGAGUCAUAUCCCCUUCGGAUAUCGAAGGAGGGCAUCAUCUGCCCCCUUCUGAUGAGAGCGACCAUGACAGCGACGACGAGGCAGGGCACUCGCCGCACGAUCCCAGCUGCGAAAUAAGCGCAUCUCCGGAGCCUUGCAGGAAAUCCUGCGUCUCGGUCUCGGACGGCUCGCUGGAGGGCGACCUAGAGAGCGGGAUUUCCGAGAGUAAGACGGCGAGUCCGGAGAGAGGUGGGAGGGAUUGCCGGAUUUGUCAUCUCAGCUUGGAGAAGGCAUCUCCGGAUGCGGGUGCGCCGAUCGAGUUGGGGUGUUGUUGCAAGGACGACCUGGCUGCUGCCCACAAGCGAUGCGCUGAGACGUGGUUUAAGAUCAAGGGAAACAAGACAUGUGAGGUUUGCGGCUCGAUCGCCAAGAAUGUGGUGGGUUCAGGCGAGACCGAACCCACCGAGCACUGGAACGAAGCUGCUACUGCAUCUCCACCACCUUCAUCAUCAUCAUCAUCAUCAUCAUCAGAAACACAGAGCUUUUGGCAGGGCCACCGGUUUCUCAACUUGCUGCUUGCGUGCCUGGUGUUUGCCUUUGUCAUCUCCUGGCUAUUUCACUUCAAUGUUCCAGGCUGAAAGUUGACACCAAGUUUUCACCAGACACGAGUUCUUGCAGUGAGAUAUCGAACCGAACCUAUAAGAAGUCGAAUGAUCUAUUGCUUGCUAAUCAGUGAGUUUUGCUGCGUGUGUUACGUUACACAGGCAUACAUACCUGUCUUCUUCUUUACGUGUACAUUUGUGUGUUGGUCUUUCUUCCACACACACACAUAUUACUAGUUUGUUGCAACAACAAAACAUCAGUGAG